AUGGCCGCAAAAGGACCCUCCAAAAAGGGAACCAAAACAGCACUUUUGAAGGCCCAAGAGAACCUACACACAGAGAUGGUGUCACCCGCGGGACGCACCGCAAGUGGUCGGCAACGUCGGCCAACCAAAAGAGAGACAUAUCGAAUUUUUAAAGCUCGUCAAGGAGAAGAACACCAAAAAGCCUAUGAAAUGAAGAUGAAGAAAUGUGACUUAAAGGCACUACGCACUACAUACCAGACACAUCCCAAGGAAUUUGAUGGCAAGCCUGCUGGGCUUCUCAGCAAUAUUGACAGGGACGAAGACAGCAUGUUUUCGGACCGCUGUGUACCCACAAAGCUAUCUAAUAAACAGGCACUCGCAUUCAGUAUGAGCAAGACCCCUCCAACUGUCUUGGCUCAAAAACCCAUGACGUCCACAACUGUUGGGACUUCGGAUAACAACAGCGACAACAACAGUGACGGCAGCAGUGGCAGCAAUGAUUCGAUCAAGUUUCCCAAUAGCAUGGAUGACACUGAGAACGAGUCUGAUUGUGGCACAGACAACACUGGCAAUGAUCAUGAUGAAGUGGCCAAAGCUUCUUCACCACCAGUUGUCGGCACCAAGCACCGACUGGAGGACUUGGAGGUCCUGAAUACUGACACGAAGUUCAAGAAAGGUCCAAAUGGAACACGCCAAUGGUUAAAGGCUAGCAAUUUCGACGAGGUCACCAAGGAUUUGCUCACCACUGCCACGUCUAUCUACCACUGUCUAAUUGUGACUCGCGCACCUUUUCCUGAGACACUGAUUAUUGAGACCAAGCUAGCAAAGGAUGCCUGGCGUGAGGCAUCUAACAUGGCAGAGCUUACCAUCCAACUUACCCCUUCGCUCGUCAAAAUGAUGACGAGGCGCACAUCACAUGUGUGCGGGGAGCUCAAAACCAAGAUGCAGGUACUGACAGCCUCAUUCUUUGGCUUCCGUGCAAGCAGAUCUAUAGUCGCCAUUAAGCAAAACCAUGACCUGGCCGAGUCUCUCAAGGAAGGAUCACAUUUUGUUUUUAAGGACUGGGAGAUGAAAUGUGGCAUAUACAUCAGCAAAAGACCCAGUUUUCUCACUUGUCAGAAAGAAGUUUGA